AUGGCAAGGUUCUACAUUCCAUUUGUGGCUCUGGUUCUCGUUUCCGCUCUGCUCGUGCCAAAUUUCUCAGGAGCGGAUGCCCAGUCGUACAUGGCGAUCAAGGCGCAAGCGGCCCGGAAAACUGCUAACGACGCGGAAGCUGUGACGAACGCAACUCUGGCGGACUGCAACAGCAAGCUCAAGGCGGAGGCUGCGAUUCAGAAGAUCAUAGACGACGCUAACGCUGAUUUGAAUAACACCCAGUCGAAUCUCGCAGCUAAGAAGAAGCAGCUGGACGUCGCGAAGACAAAGGCCGAGCCAGCACGUCAGGAAAUGGUGAAGCUCCGAGCAGCGAGGAGCGCGGAGCAGGAGUACCACGACGAGCUUGAGCAGCAAGCUUCCGAGUCGAUCGUGGACGCGACAGAGCUGGCCAAGGACGUCGUGCCUGCGAAGGAGCAACUGGACCUCGCGAAUCAGCUGCUCGCGGAUCAGAUCCUCAUCGCCAAGGAGGCCACCGCCGACUCCACCUACUACGCGCGACGCGCCGCGAAGCUCAAGACUCCAGAAGCGCAGGCAUUAGCCGCGGAAGCACAGUUAGCACGCGCGCAGGCGAAUCGCAUCCAAGGGGCGCUUGCGAAGCAGGUGAAUCUUGCGAAGGAUAACUUGGAGACGAUGCAGUCCGACUUGGCCUUUGCGUUGAAGGACAAGGUCGACACCAGGAAGGCGGUGGACGAGCAUCUGGUUGACCUCAACAAGGCGAAGAAGGACGCGGGAGACGCGGAAGCGACAUACACCAAAUACGUGAGCGACACGAAGAUGCUGCCCUUGGUUAUCAACCAGCUCACGGCCGACGUUAAGGCGAAGACGCUAAACACGGCUAAGGAGCUCUGCCCUUGGUUGGUCUGUUAG